AUGACGACGAUUCAGACGACGACGACGAGACUUUUUGUCGGAAGCAGCAGCGGCAAAAGCAGCGGCCGAGUGCGGGGAAGAGAAACGGUGGCUUUGCGGAACAACAAGAGCGACGAGGGGAAUACUGUUCGGGGGAAUGCAUUUUCAUCAUCGUCGCCGUGGUCGCUUUUUUUAUGCUCCAAAGAAGACAAAGAAGAAGGACGAAGAAGAAGACGGAGAAUGAAUCCGAGGAGACCAACGGCGGCGUUUGGCAAAGACGACAACAGAGACGGUUUCAAAGACGUCUCGAACAUCAUGAAGAAAUACUCCAAAGAAGUCCCGAAAGACGUGACAAAAGUCGUCGGCACUGCCGUCAACGUCCUGGGAAACAACAACCAAAAUAACAAACAAAACGAAUACAACGGCGUCUUUGCUUUACUCUUCUUCAACUUUUUAUUCUUCGCGUUGGACCAUUGGUUGCAACUUCCAAUGAUGAAAAUGUUUUAUUUGAACCACGUGGAUCCGACGUGGUGGCAAUUCGUCACGUGCACCUUCUGCCACGCCAGUUGGGAUCAUCUCUCGUCGAAUAUUUUCUUCUUGUACAUAUUCGGCAAGUUGAUCGAAGAAGAGGAAGGCGCGUUUGGUGUGUGGUGUUCGUACGUAGCGACCGGAACGGGCGCGUCGUUGGCGUCGUGGUUGAUGUUGCCAAAGUCAGUGGGUGGGGUAUUAGGAAUGGGCGCGGCGGCGACGGUCUCGUUGGGCGCCUCGGGAGCGGUGUUUGGUCUGUUCGCCGUGAGCGUUUUAGUCAAGCUUAAGUUUGAAUGGAAAAGGAUUUUGGAAGUCGUCGUGCUCGGUCAGUUUGUGAUGGAACGAUUUUUGAACGAAGCGGCAAUGAUAGGAAAAGUUGGAGGCGUAGGAGCGGGCGGAGUGAAUCACGUCGCGCAUUUAGCCGGGGCGUUAGCAGGGGUUGUCUUGAUUGCGCUGUUGUCGAAGAUUUUACCGGAAUAA